AUGGGUACUAAAAAAGGUUGUUCAAUUGAUGAAAAGAAACAAAGCAUUUUAAAUUUCUUUCAGAAUGAAUAUUCAUUUUAUACAAUCAAAGAGUUGGAAAAAUUGAUUCCAAAGAAAUGUCCUAGCAUAUCUUCUAUGGUGGUUAAAGAAUUGCUACAAGCAAUGAUCGAUGAAGAUGGUUUGAUUUCCGUUGAAAAAUGUGGUAAUAUCAAUGUAUACUGGUGUUUUAAGAAUCAGAUCAACCAAAAAAUUUAUGAAAACUGCACAAGGUUGCAAAAGGAUAUUGAAGAAAAAACAAUAGUUGUCUCUGACUUAGAGUUACGUGUAGCAUCUACAGUUAAAAACGAGAGAGCACCCAAUUUUACAUACGAUAAUAAAAAAUAUAAGAGACUGGUUGAAUUGGAUAAGUUGAAGAAACUUGAUAUGCAGUGUAAAACUUUACAAAAUGAGUACGAUUCUCUAAUGGAAAAUUUAUGGGAUGAACAAACGCUUGUAAAAAAGAUACACUUAUUAGAGAAGAAGAACGAUGAUCUAAAUAUUUUAUCUGACAACAUUGAUUCAAUUAUAUCGUACUUGGUUAAUAAAUACUUGGUAGAUGCUAAUGAUAUCCGGAAGGAAUAUGGUAUUCAGGAGGAAUACAAGGAAUAUUCUAAAGAAGUUUCUGGGGUGUGA